UAUAGUUAGGUAUGUAGAUUAAUAUCAGUUUUUAUAUAUAAAUUACGUGUAAUAAUAAAAUAAUGUUUUAGUUUCACCAUCUUCUGGUUAAAAUGUUUGUUCGUUUAUGUUUUUGUGUCAUUUUGUUUUUAUUUAAUGAAUUCGUGAACGGAAAGACAACUUGCAAAGCUGUAAUCGGCAACAUACAAAACUGUGAAGAUUUUGAAAACAAACAUCUUCUUACAGACAGCAUAACACAUGAUGUUGUCAGUCAAUGUGGCGAAUCACAUUUUGUCAUUAAAGGUUAUACCGAAUUAAAAACGGAAAUCCACGAAGAAAUUCAGUUUGAUUUAAUGAUAAUGAAAGAAACUGAAAAUGGACAACAGAAAACAAUGUCGAUGGGUGGUUCUCUGUGUAAGAGUAUGGAAGACGAGAGCUCGCCGGUGCAACAGGUCUUGCAAGUUAUGAACAUCACCGCUUGUCCCAUAGACGUGGGAAAAUAUCAUCUCCUCAAUGGCGACAAGCCGAUAACAUUAAAUAUGAACGAAUUCCAAGACCUGUGUCCAGAAUACGUUGCGGAAUAUUCCUGUGGGGUCAAAACAUUUACAGAUCCAACACAUCCUAUAUCGUGUCACGUUCUUGGUUUUUCUAUUGAGGAGCACGAGAGUCCUGAUGAAGAGGGUGAUGGCGAUGAUGAUUGUGAUAAAUAAAAUAUGCCUAAAAUA